AUGCCUCAUAAUACAAAACGCAAAGUAGUUAACAACUUAAAAUUAUGCCCCAAUUGCCUUUACAAUCAUCACGGUAAACCCUGCAUUUCAAACAAAAAAUGUCGUAUUUGCCAUAAUGAUCAUAACUCGCUUUUACACGAGGCAUUUACGUCACAUAACCCGCACGUGUCACUGCGAUCGUCAUCAAGUUCAACGCCCGGCCCGUCCGCCGCCGUCAUACCGCACAAUCAGCAAGUACAAAGCAGCAGCCAUGCAGUUCAUGAUGACAUAUCAGAAAUUCUUUUACCCACUGCCCUCAUUCAAAUAAAAGGAAUUGAUGGUGAAUAUCACAUCAUGCGGGCCCUCUUAGACCAAGGGUCACAAACAUCCCUUAUAACAGAGAAUGCCGCACAAUUGCUUAGACUCCCUUGCCAGCGGUGUAAAGGAGUGAUUACAGGCGUAGGUGCCAAGGAAAACAACUGCAAAGGGUUAAUUAACUAU